ACCCGAAGCCCGGAUAUUUGGUGAUGCCUUUGGGCCUGUUUGGGCCGAAUUCGCAGCGCCAGCCUCCACAAAUUUGUUUUUUUUUUGUUUCUAGAAGAUCCUCCACAUAUUUGUCGAUCCCCUUCGCCCGCGCUCCCGAAAAACAGAAGCGAAGCGCGCGGGAAGAGGCGGGCAGCGGCGGCGGGAAGCAGGCCUCGACGGCGGCGCAGGGUUGGGAAUAGUGAUCUGUCCCACUUGGUGAAAUGCCUUGUUACUACGACGUUGAUGACAUCCUCAUGGAGGAGGAGCUUAUUUCGGUUGUUUUCCAAGUGACUGCAAAUGGUGUUGGAAUGCUAGAUCCUGGCGCUGAGAGAAACAGUGUUGAAAAGGGUGCCAAGGUAGACCUUCCAUUUUGGCUUGCUCAUGGGAUGCUGUCUCUGGAACAAGCGGUGUCGAUAAACGUACCUCCUUGCUUCACCCAGAAAACUCGGAAGGAGAUCCAAGCUGAUGCAGCCUGUGUUGAUUUGAGGGUUCGGUGCCCUUACUUUUAUGAGCUAGGAUGCAAGAUUGUUCCUCUGGUGGGUGACAAGAGCAUCGGCCAGUUCUUGCGCUACGCGUUCACCAGCAGGUACAAGGAGGUACUAAGCAAGGCACACAGCUCUUCGACGAUGACAGUGCCCAAGUUCGCAACACGACUUACAAAAGAGGAGGCUCAAGUGUUUGAAUCUGCUAGGGAGUCGAUAUCCGCCUUCAGGAAGUGGCGCGUCGGGGGUGCGAGACUGCAGAAGGCGUCCAUUCUUGGAAGGAAGAGGAAGACAAAGCUGCCUGAUGGGCCUUCGACGCCCUGAACUGUGUACUGCGCAGCAGCGGAGUCGGAGUGCCUGGGCAGGAGAUGGCCGAUGUAUGCACACUGAUUGAUCCGUGAUCAGCAGCCAUCCAUGCAUUUCAAUCUGGUGCACCUGAUGUGUCUGUCGUCUGAAACUCUGACUUCAACUCUUGUUUUUAGAUGCUUGUCUUACUGCAACUCUCGAGGAGGCUUUGCUUGUUAGUACAAAUCAUUGCAAAACAUCAUGUGCGCUCAUGUCUCCGUUCAUGCGACCAAAUGGAAUUAGCCAAAGAGCAGAA